UUGCCCUUAGAGUCACGUCAACAAUGUAGGAUCUUCUUAGAAACCAAAUGGUGGUGUUGUGAAUCCUGUAGAGAGCCCUUUUCCCCAAUUCAGUGUUUGCCAACAUUCUCGCAUCAGAAUUUCGGGCGGCACAAGGACAAGGCCCCAGCUCCUUUGCUUCAGGGUCCUUCACCCCUAGGGCCAUGUCUUCUCAGGUCCACGCUCCGGGCCCGGCCCUCUCUUCCUGCCCCCCUAGUGCCCCCUCGCUGCUUCUGCCUGCCUUCCCCGGAGCUGCCCUACUCGUCACCUCAGCCGAUGCCCCGGGAAGCAAGCUGAUCAUCAAGCUGAAAAGAGAAGGACCCAUAGUGGGCAGUGCGGAGGAAAUGCCUCGGACUCAGACGUUCUUCCUCACGGGGAUGCCACUGGGCUGGGCCGCCCAACGCCGGGAUGGACUUCCAGGUCCUGGCGUUCGCACAGUGUUGUUGACCAAAGCUGGCGAGGAUCUGGGCGGUAGGAAGCCGAGAGUGCCGGAGACUCUGCCACCUGCCCGAGCACCACCUUCCAGUGACACUUCCUUUGCCUGUACUUCCAAGGGGGUUUAUGAAAACUACCGCCGUUGGCAACGUUACAAGGCUUUGGCAAGACGCCAUUUCCCCACUACGCCCGAUGCCGAAGCUCUGGCCUGUUUUUUCAUCCCUGUCCUCCGUUCCUUGGCCCGUCUUCGUCCUGACAUGACCCUGGAGGAUGGAGUACCGCGUGCCGUACAGGAGUGGGAGCACAGCAGCAACUUUGAGCGCAUGAUCUUCUAUGAGAUGGCAGAAAAGUUCAUGGAGUUUGAAGCAGAAGAAGAACAACAAAUCCAAAAGAUGAAGCUCUUGGCCAACUGCUCCCAGUUCCAAGCCCCGGCACCUAAGCCCACCAAGCCUCCUAUGUCCCCUGCCCCUGAAUCUGGGCAACAGCAAGUUUAUAUCCCCAAGAAAUCAGCCUCCAAGAGCCGCCAGCCUCGGCGUCGCCAGCGGCGUCCACCAAGCACCUCUGCCACGGGAGCUCCCCGGGAAAUCCCUGCGGAGGCGGUGCACCAGUAUGCUGAGAUCAUGGAAGGCUUGGACACCAGUUGGGAGGAAGACGAGGAGAAGAAAGAACAAGGGGCAUCCAAAGACCUCCAAGGCCAGGAGGAUGGGGCAUUCCCAGACCCUGCUCUGGCCCAGUAUAUUGACCAGUUGUGUGAGGAUGAAGAAUUUGUCUGUAAGGUGGAAGCUGUCCUCCACCCACAAUUCAUGGCUCGGUUACUGUCUUUGGAGAAAAACCAAGAUCCUCUGGCUUUGGUGGAAGAAUUGGAGGAGGAGCUAAACUUAACACCCAACCAGCUGACAGAGAAGAGACUCCUGGCACUGACAGAAGAAGAAAGGGAGCCCUCAAUGUACCCCACUUCUCACUCUGACUCCACUCCAUCACAGUCUGAGGAAGAGGAUGAGGUCAGUGGUAAGGGCAAAGGAGAAGAUGCUUCAUGCCGAGCCAUGAAGGCAUCCUCUGGAAGCAAAGGCGUGAGAACCAGUCAGACAGAACUGCCCGCAUCCGUAAUCAUUUCUUCCCUGGCCCCUCAUUCGCAACAGCAAUUGGGAAACAGAGAUCUUGUGCCAAAGAGUGUCAGAGCUGCAGGAAGAUCAUCUCUUCACAAAAACAGCAAUCGUGUGUCUCAGGAAGGAAAUCCUUCACCCUCCUUGAAGACUUCAGAUGGAGGACAAACAAAGCAUUUAUUAGGACAGGACCACAUUAGAGACCACAGCAUCAGAGUCACUCCUCAAGUCCAAAGGGUCAAGUCAGAAGCCACUCUAAAUGUAACAGGAAAUGGCAACUUUUCUGGAAAACAAGAAGGUAACAGAGCAGAAGAAGGAAUUCCAAGACCCAGUAUCACACAGCAUUCAAAGCAAGAUGGCAGCAAAGAAGACAAGGUGAAGGGUCAACUGGAGGUCCCAAAAGUAGCAGAAAAGAGCAGCCGAGUUGUCAUAGUACAAUUUCAUAAUGGAAGUCAGCUGGUUUGGAAUAAUGUAGAAUCAGCCAACAAUAAAUAUGCAAAACAAUGUGGUAGCCAACAAGAGGAGAUCAGAUGUCUAAAAAAGCCUCUGGCUUUCCAGGAAAUGAAGGAUAAUGUUUCAAAAGAGAUGGACCAUGAUGAGAGAAUUAAUCAAGAGAUGACCAAAAUUGUAUUUGGGGAUCACGUAACAGGAGGUAAUGCUCUGAAGUUGAACCUGAACAGACACAAAGAACUAAAUUUUAGCCAUGCAGAAAAAGUCACAGGUCAGGCACAACAGACAAGAGCUGAGGACACCUCAGAUAAAAAAGAGUUUGGAUGUAAGAACAGGGAGAUGAAACCUCACUGGAACAGUCACAUGAAAAAGAGUAGCCAGGAACACAUUCACCAUACAGGUGAAAAGCAAGAUGGUUGCCAAGGAGAGAUAGUGAGAGAUCAGUGCCAGUUCCAAGUUAUUUGGAAAGAAACAAAAUCUACCCCUAAUGUAACUGCAACCCAUCCUGGGAUUGUAGACACAAGUUGCCAAAGCUCGACAGGGCAAAGCAAUCUAACUUCAGCUUCUCCAGAUCCUGAAACUGAACUUGAGAGCCCCAAAACAAAGGUCCAGUCUCAAAAGAAGCCAGAGGUUGGCUGGAAACAAGCAAACACCACAAACAUGAAGGAUAACAGCCCUACCAAAUUGUCUAUAGAAAAGCUACAACUACAGAAUCAGUCAUCUCCCAUUAAACAUCAACAGCCAGAUGACCCAUCCACACCAGAAACCGAUCAGGAAGUUGACUUAACUUCACAUGCUGAACUCACCAGAGGAAAUGGACAGCUGUUGUCUUCAACUCAUUUGGGAGGUAUAAGGAUACUUGAUGAUCAAGUAUCAGGCACAGACUCAGAGCGUAUCCCAUGUUUCACCUGUUUGGUGAUGAAGACUCCAUCUUUGAGGACCCAGAAGGACCUUGAGAGAGGCCAGAAGUCUCAGCAGCCACUUGCAGAGCAGUGCAAGGUCAACCCUUUAGUAGAAAGUUGUUCAGAUGAGAAGCAGAUUAUAAAGCCCACUCUGAAUCCUUCAGAUCCUUUGGGCCUUAACAUCUCAGCUGAGGCUGAAGGAGACAGCUGCAGUCCUGGUGGAGAUCACAUCCCUACAUCCACCAGUCCUAGUAAAGCAGCCCCAAUGCUUCCACCACAGACCAUUCUCCAAGAUAGCAGCAAUAGCUCUAAUAAGGUCGAACCCACCCAGAGAUACGAGUUGAAUGUUUCUCUUUCUUCCAAAUUACUCAAUGUGGAGAGUGACACAAAGAACACAAGUAAGACAGAUGGCGGAGGCUUGAAUCAGAGGGUCAUUUUGUCAAAUAUUGUGCUACCAGAGCUCCCUGAAGCAAGAACAGAAGCUGGGCUUAAAUACAGCACUAAAAGACAAAAACAAGAUGAAGAUGACGAGUUGUCCAAUUUCUCCUCCUUGCUUGCUUCCAAGCUCAGCCUCACAACCCCAUUUGGUCAUGGUCCUCUGUCCAUGGAGCAAGUGAACAUCCUUCCUCCUUUGCCCACAGAUGCUGGGAAACACGGUGCUAAGACGAGGCAUUCCACUCGGGGACAGACACCCCACAAUAUGGAACCCAGUCCAGCUGUCCUCCGUAGCCACAAGAGAAAAAACAACAGCUCAGGUACCCGGAGAAGCAAGCGUCUUCGCAAUCAGUAACAGAGACUGUUCAAGAAUGGAGACUGGCUCUCCUAAACCCCGGUACAGUAUUGAGGUUCCUGUCCCAGCAUUAUCAUUUUUGUUAUCCUGCUGCGAUUCAAAGCUCCAUCCCUUGGCUGGACUGCAAAACAUUACAGAGGCAAAGAGGAACAAUGUGCUGAAAUACAGUCUUUGGAGACAAACCUUCAGUGGAAGAAGACGGCCCCCUAUUUGUUCAUGUUUCUUAGCAAAUUAAAAACAUGUCAAAUCACA